CAUGGCCCUGAGCAAAGGGCUGCGGCUGCUCGCGCGGCUGGAGGCCUCGGGCGAGAGCAGCGUGCUGCUGGAGGCGCGCGGCCGCGGAGACUGCCUGCUCUUCGAGGCCGGCACGGUGGCCACGCUGGCUCCUGAAGAGAAGGAAGUCAUUAAGGGACAGUAUGGCAAGCUCACGGACGCUUACGGCUGCCUCGGGGAGCUCAGGUUAAAAUCUGGUGGUGCUUCUCUGAGUUUCCUGGUGUUGGUGACAGGCUGCACGUCGGUGGGCAGAAUUCCAGAUGCAGAAAUCUACAAAAUCACCGCCAUCGAGUUUUACCCUCUGCAGGAGGAGGCCCGGGAGGAGGACCGCCUGCUCGCCCUGCGGAAGAUCCUUAGCUCGGGGGUGUUUUAUUUCGCAUGGCCCAAUGAUGGCUCCCGCUUUGACCUGACUGUCCGGACGCAGAAGCAGGGAGAUGACAGCUCGGAGUGGGGGAACUCCUUCUUCUGGAACCAGCUAUUGCACAUGCCCCUGCGGCAGCACCAGGUGCGCUGCUGUGACUGGCUGCUGAAGGUCAUCUGCGGCGUGGUGGCCAUCCGCACAGUGUACGCCUCGCACAAGCAGGCCAAGGCCUGUCUCAUCUCUCGCAUCAGCUGUGAGCGCGCCGGUACUCGCUUCCACACCCGUGGCGUGAACGAUGAUGGCCACGUGUCCAACUUUGUGGAGACUGAGCAGACGAUUUACAUGGAUGAUGGAGUCUCGUCUUUUGUCCAGAUCAGAGGGUUGGUUCCGCUGUUUUGGGAACAGCCAGGGCUUCAGGUUGGCUCCCACCAUCUGAGGCUCCAUAGAGGCCUGGAGGCCAACGCCCCUGCUUUCGACAGGCACAUGGUGCUUCUGAAGGAGCAGUACGGGAAACAGGUGGUUGUGAACCUGCUGGGAAGCAGAGGCGGAGAGGAGGUGCUCAACAGGGCCUUCAAGAAGUUGCUCUGGGCUUCCUGCCACGCCGUUGACACGCCUAUGAUAAAUUUUGACUUACAUCAGUUUGCCAAAGGCGGGAAGCUAGAGAAAUUGGAGAACCUGUUGAGGCCUCACUUAAAGCUGCACUGGGAUGACUUUGAUGUGUUCACGAAGGGCGAGAAUGUAAGUCCACGUUUCCAGAAAGGCACUCUGCGGAUGAACUGUCUUGACUGCUUGGAUAGAACCAACACUGUGCAGAGCUUCAUUGCAUUGGAGGUCCUUCAUCUGCAACUCGAGAGCUUGAGGCUGAAUUCGAAGCCCAUUGUUGAGCGCUUCCUGGAGUCCUUCAAAGCCAUGUGGUCCCUGAAUGGGCACAGCCUGAGCAAAGUGUUCACGGGCAGCAGGGCCCUGGAGGGAAAAGCCAAGGUGGGGAAGCUAAAGGAUGGCGCCCGGUCCAUGUCUCGUACCAUCCAGUCCAACUUCUUGGAUGGGGUGAAGCAGGAGGCCAUCAAACUGCUGCUGGUUGGAGAUGUCUACAAGGAGGAGUCCACAGACAAAGGGAGGAUGCUCCUGGACAACACAGCCCUUCUGGGUAACUCCUGCUGCUCUCCUUGCAUGGUGACUCCCAGGAUCCUGAAAGCCAUGACAGAGCGACAGUCAGAAUUCACAAACUUCAAGCGGAUCCAAAUUGCUGUGGGGACCUGGAAUGUGAACGGAGGAAAACAGUUCCGGAGCAACCUCCUGGGGACAGCGGAGCUCACGGACUGGCUGCUCGAUGCACCCCGGCUCUCUGGAGCCAUGGACUUCAAGGACGACAGCAGCCCGGCUGACAUGUUUGCUGUGGGCUUUGAGGAAAUGGUGGAACUAAGUGCAGGGAAUAUUGUCAAUGCCAGUACCACCAACAGGAAGAUGUGGGGUGAGCAGCUUCAGAAAGCCAUCUCACGCUCUCAUAGGUACAUUCUCUUGACUUCGGCACAGCUGGUGGGCGUCUGUCUUUAUAUCUUUGUACGUCCGUACCAUGUCCCGUUCAUCAGGGACGUAGCUAUCGACACAGUGAAGACCGGCAUGGGGGGCAAGGCAGGAAACAAGGGUGCCGUGGGCAUCCGCUUUCAGUUCCACAGCACCAGCUUCUGCUUCAUCUGCAGCCACCUGACGGCCGGGCAGUCGCAGGUGAAGGAGAGGAACGAGGACUACAGGGAGAUCACCCACAGGCUGUCCUUCCCCGCGGGGAGAAAUGUGUUUUCUCACGAUUAUGUGUUUUGGUGCGGUGAUUUCAACUACCGCAUUGAUCUCACUUACGAGGAAGUCUUCUAUUUUGUUAAACGCCAAGACUGGAAGAAACUUCUGGAAUUUGAUCAGCUACAGCUGCAGAAAUCAAAUGGAAAAAUUUUUAAAGACUUUCACGAAGGAGCCAUUAAUUUUGGACCCACCUACAAAUAUGAUGUUGGCUCCGCUGCCUACGACACAAGCGACAAAUGCCGCACCCCAGCCUGGACAGACAGGGUGCUGUGGUGGAGGAAGAAGCACCCUUUUGAUAAAACAGCUGGAGAACUCAACCUUCUAGACAACGAUCUGGACAGUGAUACCAAAGUCAGGCACACCUGGUCUCCCGGCACCCUCAGGUACUAUGGUCGCGCAGAGCUGCAAGCAUCUGAUCACAGACCUGUGCUGGCCAUCGUGGAGGUGGAGGUGCAAGAAGUCGACGUGGGUGCUCGGGAGAGGGUUUUCCAGGAAGUGUCCUCUUUCCAGGGCCCUCUGGAUGCCACUGUUGUUGUAAACCUUCAGUCGCCAACCCUGGAAGAGAAGAAUGAGUUUCCCGAGGACCUGCGUACUGAACUCAUGCAGACCUUGGGGAACUACGGGACAAUCGUGCUUGUCAGGAUCAACCAGGGGCAGAUGCUGGUGACUUUUGCAGACAGUCACUCAGCUCUCAGUGUCCUGGAUGUAGAUGGUAUGAAGGUGAAAGGCCGAGCAGUGAAGAUCAGACCGAAGACAAAGGACUGGCUGAAAGGUUUGCGAGAGGAGCUCAUUCGAAAACGGGACAGCAUGGCCCCCGUAUCUCCCACCGCCAAUUCCUGUUUGCUGGAGGAAAACUUCGACUUCACGAGCUUGGACUAUGAGUCAGAAGGGGAUGUUCUAGAAGAUGACGAAGACUAUUUAGUGGAUGAGCUCGGGCAGCCUGUGGUCUCAGACAGUGAGCUGGGGGGAGACGACCCUCCUGAUGCCCCCAGCUUCACAGCAGUGGCACCUGCCAGCAAGUCACCUGCCCUGACCAAAAAGAAGCAGCAUCCGACGUACAAAGACGAUGCUGACCUGGUGGAGUUAAAGCAGGAGCUGGAAGCCGUUGGGGAUUUCCGCCACCGUUCUCCGAGCAGGUCUCUAUCAGUCCCCAAUAGGCCGCGGCCACCUCACCCGCCGCAGAGGCCGCCGCCUCCAACUGGUUUGAUGGUAAAGAAGUCGGCUUCAGAUGUGUCCAUCUCCUCCGGCACACAUGGGCAGUACUCAAUUUUGCAGACAGCAAAACCUCUGCCGGGAGCACCUCAACAGCCGCCCAAAGCUAGGACUGGAAUAAGCAAACCUUACAAUGUCAAGCAGAUCAAAACCACCAAUGCUCAGGAGGCAGAAGCAGCGAUCCGAUGUCUCCUGGAGGCCAGAGGAGGCACCCUGGAAGAAGCUGUAAAUGCUACGGCCCUGAGGGACCAAGGGUCCUCCAAACCAGAGCCCUCCCUGGGACCUCCACUCCUGCCCUGUCGGCCGGCACCCAGGGUUCCUGCCAUCAAGAAGCCAACCUUAAGAAGGACAGGAAAGCCAGUGUCCCCGGAAGAGCAGCUUGAGCAGCACCCUGUCCAUUUUAUACUCGGACCCCCAGAGACAAGCCUUGAAACACCCCCUGCAGUGACAGCCACUCGAGUCCCUCCUGUUCCCAAGCCAAGAACAUUUCAGCCCAGGAAAGGGGUGGAGAGGAGCUCGAGCAGCAGAAAGCCAGGACCAGACGAAGCUCCUCUCGUGGCAGGAGCCACUGUGCUGCCCUCUUCAGAGGUCCCAUCUCUGGUGCCCAAGGUACCCCCAAGAAGGAAGAAAUCUGCACCAGCGGCUUUCCACCUACAGAUCCUGCAGAGCAACAGCCAGCUUCUUCAGGGCUUGCCAGGCAGCAGCAGUGCUGGGGGCAGCUCUUCACCCGGACCCCAGCCGGACCCCAGCGCACUCUUCCCGCAAGUGGAUUUUCUAGGCACUUCAUCUGCCCCAAGUCCCAAAACUAAUGGCCCCAGGGUAAUGAAGCCAGAGGCAGCCUCCCUUCUUGGUGAUUGUCAGGACCCUUUCUGGGGCCUUCUCCACCACCCUAAACUGCUGAAUAAUGCCUGGCUUUCCAAGACCUCUAACCCUUUGGACCCCGCGGCCAGAAGCUCUGAGAGGGCACAGACAGACCCAGCACAGCUCAGCACUUCCGCUACCAAGGGGCAGCUGCUCCCAGACCAUGGGGGAGAAAUCUUUGGCCGCUGGGUGUCCAUCAGUGACAAAGACAAGAGAACAACACUGCAGGUGUUUGACCCACUGGCAAAAACAUGACCAAUGGGCUUUGAAGAUUCCCUGUAGAAUUCUUCCCUUAUAGACUGUGCUCAACUGGGUCAAAAAGACAUUUAUUUAAACAAAGGCACCAUUUGUGAAAAACCAUUUGUGCAUCUAUCCCUUUAAAAAAAAAAACAAAUAUUGUGUCUAUUCUUCAAUAAGAUUAUUAUUCAGCCACCAAAAUUUUCUGUAAGACUUGUGCAUUUUAGGUUUGCUCUCAGGGGAAUGGGAUCCUCCUGUUAGAGGCAGUGUGUGUAUUUUAAGGAAGGAAAUUUAGCUGAUAAGGCCCAAGUUCUCUUCUUUAUGGUGAAUCUUAAAUGGUUGUUCACUUUGUGUGUGUAUGUGGUGGGUUUUUGUUUGUUUUUAGCUUUCUUUGUAUUUUACAGAUUUGGAAUAGCUCUUUGGUGAGGACUACCAAAAGGUUAUGCAUAAAGGAUGACAUUAAAAAUGGGGACAUUAUGAGCUGUUA